UAUUGCAACCUAGCAGUGUCCUUCACAUCUCCCGAGUCUUUUUUUUUGUGUGUGUGCAAAUUUGUGGACUUUAAUUGAACAAAUUUUUGCCAGCAUCCUGCUUGGGAUUCAAGUAUUAUUCUGAAUAGUACACACAAACUGACAGGAAAUUUCAAUGUUGCAUUUAUUAUAAAACGGACGUUAAAAGACGUUUAGUCAUCCAUAUGGCAGAUUUUAUGGCACUUCUUUUGUCAAGUUAUCGGACAUCGCUGAGUCUCUAGAGUUUACAAAGCACAGCCGCUCUGACGUGGACAUCGUAUAUUGUACAAUUUCCCAGAACAACGCUGAAUGGCAUUAAAAAUGAAGACCAAUAUUUCUUCUAGUAAUUCUUCAUCAAACCUUGAUAGAAACGCUUUUAUUUAUUCCACUGAAGCCUCGAUUAUUCAAACAGUUUCUCUGGUCGUUAUCGUCCUCUGUGGACUCGCAGACAAGAGGCCGAAGCUCUGUUUAGUUGGGAUUUGGAUCAUUUGUGCUAUGGUUUCUUUUAUAGCGCUUGGCCCGUUUUCGGGUUGGGAUUACAUGACUUUUAACUCAACAACAGCCCAUUGUGGGAUUUCUUUUCCUGUGUCGAUAACGCAGAAGUUUCGCCUGGCUGUGUUGGCCACAACGGCCUUCAUUAUACCAUUAUCUCUCAUGACUUACGCCUAUUGGCGUAUUUACAGUAAAGUGAACCAUCAUGAACGACGUCUGAGUAAUACAGGCACAAUCAAUAUCCGUAAGAUUAUCCCUGUUAAGAAAAAACUAACAAUUACAUUAUGUCUGAUGUUUGGCACGUUCGUGACUUGUUGGAGCCCAUUUUUUCUGUUGAUAUCGAUGGCUAUUUGCUUGAAGAGUCCUUCAGACUUACCGAACGCCUUAGGAAGAUUUGCAUACUGGUUUGGUUACAUUAACUGCUGCAUAAACCCUGUUGUUUAUUGCAUGCGAACUUCAACCUUCAAGGAAAUGAUGCGAGGAAGGUCGACUUCUCUACAGACUCUGGAAAGGCAGCCUCGGAAAAGAAGGGCACAGUCAUUACCAAUCCUUUCGACAAAGAACAGAAGGAUGUCAUCCAUUAGCAUUGCAAUACGCCCAGCUCCAGAAACUCCUUCAAGACUAUUUUUCGACACAAGCUCAUCGAACUCAUCACAAAGUGGCACGCCAAAUGUACGCGUUCAUCGGAAGCGCGCCUUCUCUUGGACCGCGAACUAUACAGUAGCAGAGGCAAUAGAAAAAGAUAUCCAGGAAAGCCGAAGGAUCGCACAAAGAGAGUUACGUUUACCAUUAAGAAAUACGACGAAAAGAAUGAUUUUUUCAAACAAAAGCGUAAGGACAAGCCUUCCCCCAACCAUCGUGGAAUCGCCAUUGGAAGCUACGAACGAUGUGGAAAACAUUCAUAUGCCGUGUUCGGUGACAUUCUUGCCUUGUAUGGAAAUUGUACCUCGCGAUAAGAAAAUGUCUAGCUACCAAAAUGAGACAAUAUAUAAAAAAUAAGAGUAUCAUUCAGGAUUUUUUUUAUUAUCAAAUAUUUCUUGUCGAUAACUCCAGUAUUCUGAAAAACAGCUGGAAUAUUUGAAGCAUGAAAAAUUUUAUAUUCCUUGUAUAUAAUUGUUCAAUAUCGUCCACUGAAACAGGCAUAGAAUAGAGCAAGCUCAUGUUACGUCAUUGCAGCCAUCUUGGUUGACGAUAACGAAGCAUUCUUCAUUAACUCCUCUUGUUAGAUCAACCAAGAUGGCCGCUGUUUCAUUGUUAUUCAUAUCUCAAGGGAUUAAUUUUGAGCCAUGUGGUUGCACACGCUCUAUAAAGGCAUUAAACUUUUAGACUAAACGACUUCUACUUUCCUGUUUGCAAUUUCACUGAUAAGAGAAUGAGAAAAUAAAUGACAUUUAUUGUCUAA